GAGAUACACAACCCAAAAGGAAAGAGAGGAAGAAAAGAAAAGCCAGUCAAACCCAACCACCUCAGCAGCGGAGUCGCCUUCCCUUCCUCCGGUCCUCCCCGGAAACCGUGUCCCCUUCUCUCUCUCUCUCUCUCUCUCUCUCUCGAGAUCAACAGCAACAGCGGCGGUCAGAAGCUUCCGUCGCGACAGCCCCCAACCUCCUGCUGGUCUCCCCCUCUCGUAAUCCGUGCGAAUCCCAAGGCGGCGGCGGAGGAGGAGGAGCGGAGGGGGGCCAUCACCCACCACCCAUGAGCCUCGCUGGCUCCGCCCUGGAGGCGGCGCUGCAGGCGGUGGGGCGCGGCCUCGACGCCGCCGGCGACCACCGCCUGCUCUACUGCAAGGGCGCCGGGAGGCUCGUGGCUCUCGACGAGGCCCGCGCGAGGGACCUCCCCUUCAGCGGCGGUGGCGUGCUCCCGGGUGUGCCCCCUGACGUCGAGGUCGAGCAGUACCGCGGCAGCCCCGAGCGCGUCCGCCCCGCUUCCCCCAGCGCUGCCGCUGACGAGCCCUUCGUCUGCAGCUUCCAGAAGAUGGCUGAGCAUUUCAACAGGAAGUCAGGCUUGGUGGAGACAGUACCGCUGGGUUCCUUCAACUCACUGUUCAGCUUCACUGGUUCCUGGAAGAAUGACGCAGCAGCUACGAAGGCCCUUGCGAUCGAUGGCUACGCCGUGCCUCUGUUUAGAGUGAAAAUAACAAGUUCCGAGCUGACUCUGCUUGAGAGCAUCAAGCGCGCGAUUCCAUAUAGUUGGGAUCCAUCAGCAUUGGCUAGCUUUAUUGAGAAUUACGGCACACAUAUUAUUAUUUCUGUUACUGUUGGUGGCAAGGAUGAAGUAUACAUAAAGCAGCAUUCGUCAUCCCAAUUGUCAGAGCUGGAGUUCAAAAAUUAUGUGAGGGAAAUUGGGAGGGAAAGAUUUUCAGAUGCGGAAAACAAGUCAAAUGCGACUCCUAUCAAUUACAGUGAGAAGGAUAUGACAGUAAUAUUCAGAAGGAGGGGUGGUUGUGAUCUUGUUCAGAGUUUUAGUGAUUGGAAAGGAACUGUUACCUCGGCACCAGAUGUCAUAGGCAUGACAUUUCUCCCAAUUGUCUCUCUUGUUGAUGAUAUACCUGGAAAGAAGCACCUUGCUCGUGCCGUUGAUCUAUACUUGACAUACAAACCUCCAAUUGAAGAGUUGCAGUACUUCUUAGAUUUCCAAGUCCCACUAGUUUGGGCUCCAGUACCACCAGGUAUUGCUGGUCACCAUAGGAAGGAACCUGUCUGCCCGUCACUUCAGUUUAGUUUGAUGGGCCCAAAGCUCUUCAUCAGCACAGAACAGAUCUCUGUUGGACGUAGACCGGUCAUUGGACUCAAGCUGUGUUUGGAAGGAGCCAAACAGAAUCGCCUAGCUAUUCAUUUGCAGCACCUUGGCUCAUUACCGAAAAUAUUCCUACCACAUUGGGACUCACAUAUCACAAUUGGACCUCCAAAAUGGCAAGGCCCUGAAGAGCAGGAUAGCCGAUGGUUUGAACCAAUCAAGUGGAAGAAUUUUGCUCAUGUCAGCACUGCGCCCAUAGAGUACACUGAAACAAAUAUUACAGACCUAUCUGGUGUUUAUAUUGUUACGGGAGCACAAUUUGGAGUGUGGGAUUUUGGUGCAAAGAGUGUUCUCCACCUUAAACUCUUGUUCUCCAGAGUUCCUGGGUGCACAAUUAGAAGAUCAGUUUGGGACCACAGCCCAUCAAGCUCUUCGAUUCUUAAAACAGAUGAAUACUCAUCAUCCUCAAGUGAUAAUGCUAAACUUGUGAAGAUAGUUGACAUGACAGAGACAUUGAAGGGCCCGCAAGAUGCACCUGGCCACUGGCUGGUCACAGGAGCUAAGUUGGGUGUCGAGAAGGGAAGGAUUCUUGUGCGUGCAAAAUACUCCUUAUUGAAUUAUUGACCAAAAUGUUUAAAGCAUUCAUUCACUCACUCUACUAUGACGCACCGUUUUUAAAGAUAGCAUUUGUUCUUUUGUUCCUCAUGUAUUGCUCUCCUUCCUCAUGUAACAUGAUGUGGAUCUAUGUUUCUUGUUGAUGCGAUGAGUAAAGAAGUUUCAUGCUUCUUCUU